CCACAGGCCAAGGGCCAGUCACCCGCGGGCAGGCGUCCCGCAGCCUUCUCGCCGCCCCGCCCCGCCCGGCCCCGCCGCGGGACGGGUAACGGUUACCAAGCACUUUCUCAGCCGCGAUUUCUGCUUAGUCAUUGUCUUCCAGGAAACGGUCCCUUCGGUUGGGAGUCAACUCUGAGGCGGCAGCCGCAGUAGCAGCAGCCGCAGCCGCCAGCGCGUCCCUCCCGGGCCGCCGCUCCGCCACCGUCCGGCCUCCCUCGUUCCCGAGCGCAGGCCGAGGUCCCGCCGCGUGGGGCCGGCAGCCUCGCGCUCGGCUCUCCCGCCUCGGGCACCGCGUCCUGCGGGGCGGCCUCCUUCCUCGCCUGCGACCCCGUCGCCUCCUGGCCCCUUCGGUCGGCCGCUGCCAUGGGCACCGACAGCCGCUUGGCCGGGGCGCUGCUGGCGCGGGCCCGCACCCUGCACCUGCAGACGGGGAACCUGCUGAACUGGGGCCGCCUGCGGAAGAAAUGCCCGUCCACGCACAGCGAGGAGCUUCGAGAUUGUAUCCAAAAGACCUUGAAUGAGUGGAGUUCCCAAAUCAGCCCUGAUUUGGUCAGGGAGUUUCCAGAUGUCUUGGAAUGUACUGUAUCUCAUGCAGUAGAAAAGAUAAAUCCUGAUGAAAGAGAAGAAAUGAAAGUUUCUGCAAAACUGUUCAUUGUAGGAUCAAACUCUUCAUCAUCAACUAGAAAUGCAGUUGACAUGGCCUGUUCAGUCCUUGGAGUUGCACAGCUGGAUUCUGUGAUCAUUGCUUCACCUCCUAUUGAAGAUGGAGUUAAUCUUUCCUUGGAGCAUUUGCAGCCUUACUGGGAGGAAUUAGAAAACUUAGUUCAGAGCAAAAAGAUUGUUGCAAUAGGUACCUCUGAUCUAGACAAAACACAGUUGGAACAGCUGUAUCAGUGGGCACAGGUAAAACCAAAUAGUAACCAAGUUAAUCUUGCCUCUUGCUGUGUGAUGCCACCUGAUUUGACUGCAUUUGCUAAACAAUUUGACAUACAGCUAUUGACUCAUAAUGAUCCAAAAGAACUGCUUUCUGAAGCCAGUUUCCAAGAAGCUCUUCAGGAAAGCAUCCCUGACAUUCAAGCACACGAGUGGGUGCCCCUGUGGCUACUGCGGUAUUCAGUCAUUGUUAAAAGUAGAGGAAUUAUCAAAUCAAAAGGCUACAUCUUACAAGCUAAAAGAAGGGGUUCCUAACUAUGACUUAGGAUCAUAACCUACUUACUGACUUGUAGUUUCCUUGAAUAUAAGAUAAAAUUGAGAUGUAUAAAAAUCUGGUUACUUCCUGUAAAUGCUGUCAUGGAGGCAGCUAUUCUUAAGUUAUAUUUGACAACAUGUUAUCCGUCAAGUUUUGAAUACUUCUCCUGCCUCCAUAUCAGUUCACUUACCUGAACCACUGUAUUGUUUUCAUUAAACUAUUAUUUUCUAAUUGAAAUUGCCUAUAAAGAAAAUACUUGCAAUAUAUUUUUCCUUUAUUUUUAUGACUAAUAGAAAUCAAGAAAAUUUGUUGUUGCAUAUAUUUUGGGCCUAGGCAUCAGGGUAAUGUAUAUACAUAUUUUUUAUUUCCAAAAAUUAAUUAAAGGCUUCUUAUUCUAUAGUAUAACUAAGCAAUUACAAUUGUUAAGAUUGAAAUACUGGAAGAUAUUUUUUCUGUUAUUAAUGAUUAUAUCCAGAGUAACUGGAGUAGCUGGGAUCCACAGUAGUGUAAAUAAAAUUCAUUUCUUCAAUACAUGAAUGAAAACUUAAA